AUGUACUCAUCCCAGCAGCCACCACCACAGCAGUACUACCAGCAGGGGUCCUACGGAGAAGGACCUCCAGCUCAGCCCCAACAGCAUCUCCUGCAGCCUCCCAUGCAGCAAAGCAUGCACAUCCAGCCUCAAUCGUACGUCUUUUUAUUCUUUUUUUUGUUUUUUUCGGGUGGCCGACGUUGUUUGGAGAUUUCGUCGAGCUUGGGUUCUUAUGAGUGAGGGUACGUCAACAAAAAAUAAAGGAUUUCAGUUUUCAGUGUAAUCUUUUAUAAUAAUAUCGUUCCUUGUUCUCGGAUCAUCUUUCUCUUUUCACUUCGAAAUUUUGAGGAGUUUUUCGAAGAGUCGGGUUUUCAGAAGUGGUUUUAAGCGAGGAAAAACGAUGAUAUAUCAAGGGUUAUUCUGAUUACUUUCUCAGCACUCUUUUGAACUUUUUGGGACUUUAAUUGAAAAUUCUUUAGCAAACGUCAUGAGGAGUGACGUUUAAAACAGGAAGAAGUUGAAAUUUCUACGUAAUCGAAAAAAAUGGCAUCGGAUUGGUCGUUCAAUGGAACAGAGCAGCUGCGAAACUAUCACUUAUUAGAAAAUUGUCUGUUUUUCAAAAGGAAAAAAAAUAACUUCACCCACGCGUUUUUUCCUUCCUCCAUUUCCAUUCUUCCACUAAUCCCAUGGUAAUGUUUUCGAACUACUCAAAAACGUCAUUCGUCCGAAACCAACCUAGAAAUUCUUGUUCUUCGAGCUCAGGCAGAAAAAAAAAGAAAUAAAGAGUGGGCAUUGGAUAUUUGCACAACCUCGCGUCAUUCUCAUUUCAGCGAUUGUCUCUUUUUCCGUAGUUUGAACUCGGCUGUAAAACUACUUUUUGGCCUCUUUACUCUAAAAUCAACAGUACAACGGGAAACUUCUCAUAUUAUUUUGUGGGCGAAAAGUUGUCGACCGUCGAUUAGUCACGCCGCGAAAAAACCGUGAAUCAGAGAUUCUGGGCGUCUUUUUGGUGGGAUUACUUUUUGACUUGUCUCCAAUGUUGUUCUUCAUUGCUGACGAGGCUGUACGAAUUUGAAUUUUUCUCUCAUUACUGUCAGAAUAUUAUAACCUGAAUUUCGAUUCAAAUUUCAUUUUUAUUUUCCUGAUCAAAGAAACAAUUCAAACGAAGCAGCUGCAGUCUUUCUAAAUUUUCCUCUCAGAUUGAUUGUUUCCUAAUUUUUCAGUCCCGGCUAUAUUUUAUUUUUUUUGCCGUGACAGUAGUCAGUUUUGCUUCAGCAAAUCUACAAACUUCAUAGGAGUAAACAAAUAAAAAUAACCAUUUUUUUAUGGUAUUGAUUUUUGUGAUGACUGUGGAGUUUUUUUCAAUUGUAAACCUAUUGCAUAGAAAAUAGUGAAAUCCAUUUUCAAAAAGAGAAAAUGAUUUUGAGAUCUCAAACUUUAAAACCGCGCCGCGACCGCCCGCUACGCAGCUGCAAGUUGUCGCAGAACGGCAUUAAAAGGGAACGAAGUCCAAUGAAAUCAAAAUUCGGGAGAUAUAAAAGCUCUCCUUCUAACUUUUGUUUAUCUGAUAUAUGAAAGAAGCCUUAGGAACGCAUGAAAAAUAAUCUUAACUUAGACGUGCCAAAAUUUUCCGCUCAAACACAUUUUGUUGAAAAAUGAAAAAGUUUUCGAUUGAAGGUUUCUCCAAGUUUUUCAGUUAGGUCAUUUCGGUUAUUUUUUGGUUAUUUUUUUCUCUUUUGUUUUGAUAAAGCUGCUCCAGCUCACACACUUCUUCGUGAAAUAGGAACAAUUUUGAGUGAAGUCCUUCUUCAGUUUUUCAGUUGGAUCAUUCGUUUCCCGCUUUAGUCUCGAUAUAUAGCUGCCCUAGUUCCAACUUUGCCUUCUCUGAAUAUUAGCCACGCUCCAAACACGGAAAGAACUCGAUUAAAGUCUUUUGGUAGAUGGAAGGAACGGCGCACGGGAAGCAGCUGCAGGCCUUGGGCAAUUAGUCAACGCGUCCCCCUCGCGCGCGCGCUUUUUCUGUUUGCUUCGCGCGUUCAUGACAUUGUGAAAUGUGUUGGUCUCAACUUCUAGUGUCCAUUCCCUUGUACAUAUACACCUCUUGAAGUGAGUUGCCUUGAGUAAAAAGUAGAAGUUUGAAAAAAGUGAGGCACAACAUGGAUUUUCUGCCGUAAAAAUUUUGAUUCUCCUUUUAACUGCUCUUUUCUCGAACUAUGAAAAACUUGAUUAUUUUUGAAAAAAUUGCCAUCAUGAAAAUCUCCUUUAUAGCUCUAUAAUUGAUGAAAAAGCAUAUCAGAAAAAAACAACCAUCUUUUUUUCUGAACAUUAACUUUUUGUUUCUUUUUUUAAACAUGAUUUUUGCCAAUUAAUGGUAAUUUUUAUAAACUAUCACCUCCCGCCUAAAAAAAUAAUUUCUCGAUAAAAUAGCUUCUAAAUCUUUUGAUUUUCUAUUUUCUAUCAUUUGAUAAUCUUCUUCAUUUUUCGGGUGAACUUUUUUCUUUGAUCCAAAAUCAAAAAUCGUAAAAAUCGCACUUUCGCCCAUAUUUUCAAUUUGAUAGCCUCCUCUUCAAAGACAAAACCCUCAAUAAAAAAACCAUUUUACAAUCAUAAAAAAGAAAUUUUUCUCCUUCUUUUUCAGUUUCAAAAGCGCCCUUUUCAUAGUUUCUUUUAAUAUGCGGGAAAAAAGGGACUAAGCCGUUUUCACUCGCAUAAAUUGAAAAGAAUAUUCGGAAAAAAGGUGUUGUCAAUUCCAGGACUUCAUACGUGCAAAACGGAAUGCAUCGUGCUCAAGUGGCCCCGACGCAGCAACAGCAACCUUCUCAGCAGCAGCAGCAGCAAUCUAUGCAGCGUCAGCCCACUUGGGACUAUUACCCAACUCAGCAGCAUCAAGUAAUUUUUCAAAAAUUUCUCUUUUCUGAACGCUUGAGGCUCAACUCGAAAAUGUCUUUGUUUUCAAAGGUUUCGAUUUUAGUUUGAUUAAAUCAAUGAAACAAAAACUUCGCCUUUGAAGCUUUUUAUUUUCAGCAAUUUUGAAAAGUUACUCGUGAGAAAGGCUUUUAAAACAAGAAAUCCGAUUUCGCAGACUCAAGUUUCAAGUGCUUGAGUUUAAACUGGAAUUAUUCAGAACUAUUUCCAAGUUUUGAAAUUUUUAAACCUUCCUUCUUUCAACUUUUUUUAGUUUCUGAGGUUUCACGCAAACUUAAAAUGAGUUACUUCAAAUUUCUUCUCAUCAAACGUCUCCAAUAUUUUUUUAAAAAGUUUUGUUGCCUACAUUCAGCUUUUUUUGAAUAGAAAUCUCAAGUUGAAUUAUUUUUCGAUGCCGGCAAACUUUUUCGAAACAAUCGAAAGUUUUACUUGAAGUUAGUCCAGUGUAAAAAAAAAUUUUUGAUAGCUUUAUUUUUUUCAUUUUAUUUUUCUCCAAAAAAACAGUGUUUCCUAAGAUUUGAGUAAAAAUUUCAGUUCUUCGAAAUUUUCACUCUCAGUUUUGAGACUAAAAGUCGAAGCCAGUUGCUCGACUUGCAAGAAUUUUCAAUGACAAGUUCUCAGAAACUUGCUGCAAUCUUCUAGUUUUUCUCAAUUUUCUUCCUUCUUUCUCACUUUUCUCUUUCACCUCUCAAGUUGCAUGAGUGAAAAUGACGUUGGGUCACACUUUUUCGAAAUCUUCCGGAUUUAAAACUUCAGCAAGAAGGGGAUUUGAUUCUCAAUUUAACAGAUAAGCAAAAAUUCUCUCAGAAGUUUUUUGAACAUCAUUUAAUGAAAUCCUAGCGGAUACAGCGGCUUCUUUAUAUUUAGCUUCUCAUUUCACUGUUCCGUGAUCUCAUCAAGAAAUCAGAAGUCAAAACCAAUUUUCCAUCUCACGGCUACAAACCUACCUCAUAUCGAGCGUACAAUAUGAAGAAGCUUGCCUACAAAAUGGGCUGUUUUGAACCUGAACUGCCAGUUUUGUAGUCACAAACCCCGCUCUAUGACCUAUUUCGCAGCUCAGAAUAAUCCAUUGACGCACGUACUUCAUUUCAGAUGGUGCAGAUGAACUACGGUAUGCCCCAGCAGCAGCAGCCACUUCAAUCUGCACCUCAGCCGCCUCAGCAACAGGCUCCGCCUCCUACAAAAGCAGCUCCUAAAAGGAAGCGUCCGAGCAAGGCUCAGAUCGAAGAAGCUCAGCACGCGGCUUCGAUGCAGGCCAUGUACCAGGGCGCUCCGCCUCCUUACGCUUAUCAGCAGGUAGUUUUUCCAAUAAAAAAAUUCAGAUAAAAAACAGAAACUUUUAGUAAAAAAAAGUUUAAAUCUAGGGACUUGUUCCUGUUCAAAAAAAGGAAAACUGACACUUAAAGCCUCAUAGAUGGCUUAAAAAUAAAUUUAAAAAAUCUUAUAUUAUUGCUGAGAGGUUUCGCUUCUCAGUUUUAUAAUAAAGGGAUUUCUGGACAUUUCAUUGGAUCUGAUCAACUCUAAGUAGUCGUUUUGCCCCCACAAGCAGUUCCAAGCAAAGGAAGAAGUAGGAAGUGACUUGCGCGGAAUACAACGGCUCUUAUAACAUCCGGAAAACAAAUUAUUUGCGGCGGGAACGAACCCUGCAAUGAGUUGUUGUUUUCUGGUCCUGCAAGGCUAGUGCCGACACUUCUUCCUUCAACGCGCAAAUUCAAGAUGGACACUCAUUUCUCAUUUCCAGGAUAACUCAAAGCAGCAACAGCAGCAACAACAACAACAGCAAUUAGGCAUGCAGCCUCAAGCGCCCCUCCAAAACAAUCCGAACCACAUGCCCGUGUAUAGGUGAAUCGAGUUCGAUUUUCUAAAAUAUUCCCUAUAAAAUCAGAAAAAGUUUUUUUGUAAGAUAAAUAAAAUUAAGAAUUUUCGGGCCUUCAGAAGGCCGGAAAAAUGAUUUCUUUAAGGCAAACUUUUACAUGGUCAAUUUUUUUGAUGAUUUUUCGCAUAUUGUAAUUAAGAAAAAAAUAUUUAAAAAAAUUUCUUUUUAAAAAGAUGAGGUCGAAAAAUCGCUUAUUCAUUUAAAUUCGUUUAAAAAUGAACUUUCUUAUUAGAAUCGGUUUAAAUCAGUCAAUCGAAAUCAGCUUCAUUUCACUAAUUAAUUUUUUUCCGAUCUCAGGGUCUCUCACACAUAGAAAGAAAAUGAGGCCACUGGUCAAUACUCCCAAGAACUCUUUCCUUAUGCAAGAGUAAUUUAAUCAAAUUGCCUUGCAGCUACUCGCCCGGCUCGUCGCCUUACUGGCCAGCUCAAACUCAGCGACCUCCCUCUAGGUUUUCUUUCCAAACCGGGAAUAAAACUAUCAAUUUUGGCAAUCUUCAGGUCCGACUACGUCCGUAUGGAGCUGAGAAACGCUCUCCAGGCCAAACAGCAGCAUCAGCAGCAGCAGCACAUCAGCCCAAUGCGUCAAACCCAACAGCUCAACCAUGCUCAGCAGCAUCCUCAGGCGCACGCUCAGGCUCACGCUCAGCCUCAAGUUCAACUCCAAGCUCAAGCUCAAGUUAAAGCUCAAGCUCCGCCCCAGCUUCAACCAAUGCAGCAGGCGCCUCAGCAGCAGCAGCAGAUGGUUCAGCAGCAGCUCCGUCAGCAACAUCACCAUCAGCAAAACAUGCAGCAGCACCAGAACAUCCAGCAGAACAUCCAGCAAAACCUCCAGUCUCAUCAGCAGAAUGGUCAAAUGACCCAGCAGCAAAUGCACCAUCAGCAGCAGAUGCAUCAGAGGACGGAGAUGUCUCCUCAACAGGCUCAUCAUCAUCAGAUGCAGAUGCGUCAGCAGCAGUACCCGGCUCAUCAUCAGAUGCCCAUGCAGCAUAACCGUCCUCGUAAGUUUUCAAAAAAUCAUAGACUUUGAAAUGAAUAGUGCAUGAACCGGCUAUGAUAGAAAACUGUGGGAUAUAGAGUCAGCUUUUUAGAGCGCCUUCUGAAAACAAAAAACAUUCAUUCUUUCUAAUUAUUAUCUUUUUUCAGAGCCCAUGCAAAACGGCACCCAGCCAAUGCAGCAGCAGCAGCAUCAACAGCCUCAAGUUCAACAAGGAGCUCCACAAAAACCAUUGUCAGACCAAAGUCCAGUUCCAUCAACUUCUUCCAGCGUCGCUAGCCUCGACUUCGGAAGUGAUCUCGGCUACAUUGAUUGCCGGGUAAAUCAUAACUGGACUCAAAAUAUCUCAACAAUUUAUUCAGGACCCUGAGUACCCCAAGUCUUACACCGAGCUCGAGAAGAACCUGGAGUCUCUUCCAGUUCACGAUUUCAACCUUUCUGGCGGCUGCGGAGUGAGUUUUUUUUUAAACAAACAGUCUGGAAAAUUGAACUUCUGUUGACAAACUUUAUGGCAGGCCUGGAAAAGUUAAAAAUGCUGGAUAGGGGUUUCUUUCUACUCAAACUUCAGGAUGGACCAAAAUGAUCUGACUUUGAAGAAAUAAAAAUGCUCGCGUCUUUUCUCGACUUCUUCAAGUAAAAAUAAUUUUCUGUGGGAAAAAUGUGUUUUGAACUGGAUGCAUUCCAUCCGGGAUAACUCGUGAUUGUUUACGGGCCGCGACAAAAAAAAACUCAUCUUCUCGGGUACAAUGACCGACCAAAAUGAUAAAAGACCAGCAUUGCUGUCUGGUCUGCAGUCUCUACUUUUGCAUCACAUUUCUCUUCUCUCGAGGUCCUAAACGUUCAACAAACACAAGGAAAAACCUCGAAACGAUUCAAACUGUCGCGGAAAAAGAGUUUUUAUCGAGCACGUGAAAGUAUUGAGGGCAGUAUUAGAGACGGCUUUAUAUUCAUAGUAUUCUCAAAGAAAGAAACAAUUUCAUUCAAAAAAACUUUGCAAAAACUCAGUCAAUCAUCUUUACAUUGAAUCUUUGGAAAAAGUUCAAACCGGAGCAGGAGAAAAACUUCACGACUUUCAUGUGACAAACAAGCAAAAAAAAAAUUUAAAAAAAUAAGGCACGUCAAAUCUUGCUGAAUCACACAACAGCGCGAAGUUACGAAUGACCGGUUGCACUGAAAAAAAAUUCAUUUUCAAUUCGUUCUUUCUGCGAAAGCAUUGCUAGGCCGAGGUCAAUUGUCUUCUUGUUUUCAUUAAUAUUUGAAUAUUUUUCUGAGAUUGAUUUUCUUUCUUUCAGUUCGACAUGGACAACGAGUACACCCGCUGCCUGGUCAUGCAGCUCCUUCUCCUCAAGUAA